GCGUUGCACCACAUGUGACUCGAUCAACCAGGGAGCACAGAAUCUCGUAAGCCCGAUGCCAAUUAAAAUCCCCAGAAAAAAUUAAUCAAAGAAUUGAAAAGGGGGAAAAGAAAACGAAACGAGAAAAAAAGAGAGAGAGAGAAUGGUUUCUUCUCAAGCUAUGGAGGUUUUGAUGAGUGAGCUCCCGGUGGAGCAGGAGAAUCUUGUUCUCUCCGGUGCGCACAAGUCCGGUUUGGUGCUUGUUGACAUCGUCAACGGUUUCUGCACUGUUGGUUCCGGAAAUCUGGCACCACGAGCUUCUGACAGACAAAUUGCUCGAAUGGUUGAGGAAUCAGUAAAACUCGCCCGUGAGUUUCGUAAUCGGGAGUGGCCGAUAUACGGCUUGCUCGACUCUCAUCAUCCGGACAUUCCAGAACCACCUUAUCCUCCUCAUUGUAUUAUCGGAACAGAGGAGUCGAGGCUGGUCCCUUCUCUACAGUGGCUGGAAAAUGAACCGAAUGUGACACUUAGGCGCAAGGACUGUAUCGAUGGAUUUCUUGGUUCGUUUGAUAAAGAUGGGUCAAAUGUCUUUGUGGAUUGGGUCAAAGCCAACGAGCUCAAAGUUAUAUUGGUUGUAGGGAUUUGCACAGACAUAUGUGUCCUAGAUUUUGUCUGCUCAACAUUGUCUGCAAGAAAUCGUGGUUUGCUAUCUCCACUCGAGGAUGUAGUUGUGUACUCUCAUGGUUGUGCUACCUAUGAUCUUCCUCUACAUGUUGCCCAGAAUAUCAAAAGCGCUCUAGCCCAUCCUCAGGACAUAAUGCAUCAUGUGGGACUUUACAUGGCCAAAGGCAGAGGGGCAAAAGUGGUAUCAGAAGUUUCGUUUGGUGCAUAGCAGUUUAAUCUGCUCAUUGUGUAUAGAAUUCCGUAGUCUUGGUCAGUGUUUCUCGACUAUUCGAUGAUAUGUUUUUCAUCAAUAUAAUAAAGUUCUCAAUGUGUUAUUGCUGAAGAGCAUUGAGUCACUUUUCAGUUAAAUGUGUUGGUAGGACAGUUAUGCCUUCUGUUUAGAAUUGGUAUUGAACAUUGUCUGCAUUGUAUGAUUGAUUCAAGAAAAAACAAGUUGGUUACUUUUACAAUUACUCGGGAGUGUUUUUACAUAACA